GCUUUAUUCUUCCACGCAUUCACGAUCGGUUUGUUUGUCACAAUGUCCAUGCAAGUAAUUUUUAACUUGAACGAUUUUACUAACCUCUCAGAAAUUCUUUAUAUCAUGGUAACCGUAACAGGAUACGUGGUUAAGCAAUGUGCGCUUACUUAUAAAAGAAACGUGUUUGUAAAUUUAAUCCAAUUUCUCAAAGAUCCCUUGUUUCUCUCUUAUCCGGAUGAACUAGAUCACUAUAUGUUCGAGACAGUGAAGAAAUCAACACUAAUCGCAAACGUGUAUCGGUUUUCCAUUGCUUUUUGCAUUGUGCUAUUUACGGUCUAUCCGAUACUUGAAAACAAACCUCUACCCUUUCCAUUCCCCUAUGACUUGGGAAACUAUAGGUACUUCAUGUACGCUUUUCAAAUAAUAAGCGUUGGAGUCUGCGCGUGGAAUAAUUGCACCAUUGACACACUAACAACAAGUUUAAUGGGUAUUGCCGCUGCUCAACUCGAUAUUUUAUACGAAAAGCUUAUUGUAAUUCGCAAAGAAUCACAAGAAAAUGAUGACGUACCGUAUUGUGAAAAAAGUGAAGAAGAUAUACUGCAUAAGUUACGCCAAUGUGUUGAACAUCAUAAUGCAAUAAUACACCUGGUUGAAUCUAUCGAAGAUAUUUUUACUGUGGGACUCUUGGCUCAAUUUACAUGCAGCAUUAUUGUUAUCUGUAAUACUGUAUUUUACAUUAUUUUGAUGUGGACAAUAAAUUCCCAAUUUGUCAUGUUAUUAGAUUACUUGAUAAUAUUGAUGCUGCAGCUAUUUAUGUAUUGUUGGUAUGGAAAUGAAAUAAUCUUGAAGAGCGUUAAAAUAGGCGAAGCAUGCUACAAAUUCAAUUGGUGUGACAGUGGAACUCCUGUAAGACAAACUCUAUUCAUAAUAAUGGAAAGAUCCAAAAGACCCUUAACUAUUACCACAGUUAAGCUUUCAACAUUGUCUUUAAGUGCAUAUAAGUCCAUACUACAAUGGUCCUACUCUUGUUUGGCCUUAUUGCUGAAAAUGGAGCAACAACGAAAGAAUUGAACCGAAUAAGCACUGUUGCACUGAACUUAGCCAAUCUCCUUAGAGUACCUCACUUAUAAGCCUGCUUUUGGAAAAUUCGAACAGUACCUAACGAAAGAUAUCGACUUUCGCGAAGGGCGAAUCAAACAUUAAAGCACCACGAUUAUUGCAUACCUUCCUCACUAUGACGUAUUAUCUCCGCAUCAUUUCUUAUUCAAUCUAUAACACAUGCUCCAGUUAAGUAUGGCACACUAAUCUAGAAUGUAAGCGUAAGUAUGUUGUAUUUGUAACAAUCCAAAGAUAAUGUUGCAUACUAUAUUAAAGAGUAAGGGUGAUCUUUGCUAUUAUUUAACCAAGCGGUAUGAAGGACCCGAUAAUCUGCAAAUCAAUGUGGUACAUUAUGCAAAGCAGUUGUUCAAGUAUUCCUUUUAUCAUAAUGUACUUGGAUAAAUACGUACAGUAUAAUCACUUCGUUUAUGUUUUCGAGCAAGAUAAGCCACGCGUCACGUUGGAAUUAAUAUAGAUCGUUUACGUAGGUCGCACUGACGCACCAUUUGGGAUUAAAAAUGAUGACCGCGUAAUUUUUCUUUGAGUUUAAAAAAUAAAAACAUUUUCCACGGGGAUAAGUCGGGAUUAUAACGGGAGGAUUUAUACAUGUUCCGCUUUAUAGCGAACAGGAACAAAAUUACGUCAGGAAAUAAAAACCAUAACAGCGUGUGCCUUUUCAAUAAAAGGUGUCUGUAUUUUAUCUUUCGAGAUAAGCGAGGAGAGGAAUCAUGUGUGCGGAAUUUUGCGAAGACAGAAGGGGUUAGCCUUUAAAAGAGUAAUGACGUACUGCAUGCGUGCGAAAAAGUUAUUACACCCAUAUUGGCGAAAAAUUUAGUGGAUAAAAUUCGAAAGCCCGCAGGUUCAAUUUUACAUUAAAAGUUGGAAGUUAGCUUAAUUUGUAGCAAGGCCAUUCUUUUACGAGUGAUAAAAAUUUAUGCAACGGAACAUUUUCGAAUUGGAGACACGCGCUCUUCACGUAGAAACGGAAUUGAAACUGCAUUUUCAACAACUGCAUUUUCAACAACUCGAAGAGAUGGUCAAUUGUAACCUGAAAGUCAGUUACUGAAAAUUGUUUUUAAUUUUUUGCAUUGUAUAAAUUAGUUGGAGGUUAUUUUUUAGGAAUGUGCAUAUUUAAUAUUGUAUUUUAUUGAUUAAUAAGAAUCAGAUCCAAGCAAAGGAUUUUGGUUAUUUUUUUUCAGUGAUUGGAAUUUUAUUUGCAUUUAAUUUCAGUAUUAAGGUAUUACAAUUCCUGUGGUUGGAUUGCAACUUUGUUUAGCAUAGAGAGUGAGUUGUAUAUUUUGAACCGGAGAAUGUACCAGUAAUUUGUUAAGUGGUAAGCAUAAAAUCUGUAGAUAAGAAUCAAAUGUAUAAAGACACGUAAUCACGCAAUAGUUGUAUUUUUUAUAUAUUUCUGCUUAUGAAUCAAAGCAAUAUUUUGUAUACAGGAACGUGUAAAGAAAAGUG